AUGGUUUUCAGAUCCCCUUUAGAGCUUUAUCCCUCCCAUUUCUUCCUGCCAAACUUCGCUGAUCGCCCUCUGCUACUGGCGAACAGCGCUCCCACCACCAGGUCUCCAGAAGACUUGUCCAUGUUUCAGCUACCGACACUCAACUUCUCCCCGGAGCAGGUGGCGAGCGUCUGCGAGACGCUGGAGGAGACCGGGGACAUCGAACGGCUGGGCCGCUUUCUGUGGUCCCUGCCCGUGGCUCCGGGAGCGUGCGAAGCGAUCAACAAGCACGAGUCCAUCCUGCGCGCCCGGGCCGUGGUGGCGUUCCACACGGGGAAUUUCAGAGACCUCUACCACAUCCUGGAGAACCACAAGUUCACCAAGGACUCACACGGCAAACUGCAGGCCAUGUGGCUGGAAGCACACUACCAGGAGGCCGAGAAGCUCCGCGGUCGUCCCCUCGGACCGGUCGAUAAGUACCGAGUGAGGAAGAAGUUUCCGCUGCCUCGGACCAUCUGGGACGGCGAGCAGAAGACGCACUGUUUCAAAGAGCGGACACGGAGCCUGCUGAGGGAGUGGUACCUUCAGGACCCAUAUCCAAACCCCAGCAAGAAAAGGGAACUGGCUCAAGCCACUGGACUCACUCCCACACAGGUCGGAAACUGGUUUAAAAACCGGAGGCAACGAGACAGAGCCGCGGCGGCCAAAAACAGGCUUCAGCACCAAGCAAUAGGACCGACCGGUAUGAGGUCUCUCUCAGAGGCCGGGCUCACCCCUCACAGCUCGGCAGAGUCGCCUUCAACCGCGGCCAGUCCCACCACCAGCGUUUCCAGUAUGACAGAGAGAGUUGAUACUGGGACGUCCAUCCUGUCCGUCACAUCCAGUGACUCGGAGUGCGAUGUAUGA